CUUCGUAACGUCGCUCCCCGGCGGCUUCGUGGAUGCACAGUUAAACGCGGGGCUCGGGAGUCGCUCGCAUCGCAGGACUGGAAGCAGAGCCCGUCGGAUUUAUGAGACUCGUUGCUUAAUAAUUGAUCUCACCAAAGGCGUGACAACAUCCACGCUGAUCGAAGAGACUGAUGUACAAACCCACGUCGGCGAAACAAAGCGUUUGUGUGGCGGAGCGCGCUACUGAAAAUGUCAGAUGCUGCUAGCGGUGUGGGAGCAUACGGACGUCCAUAGACCAUUGUUAUUGUUUCAUGCUUAUGGUUUUUUGCGUUAAUAGAAGACGUGUCAUUGAUGCAUGUGCAUUUGAUUUAAUAUUUUAGGAAGAGCAAAUAAGUUGCUCACGGACUAGCAGGUGCAAGACAUCGCGGCUCCACGAGGAUUCACCUAUAAAUCACAAGAGAGAUGUGAUCGUUCACUUUUGGUUAUUCUUGCUCACUAGUGUUAUGCUGUGGUAAAACAAAAGCUGGUGAUGAAGAAACAUUUAUUUGGGUGCAGUGUUUUAUAUGGCUAUGUGAUAAGAUACCGCUCGUGUAUUGGUCAAAUUUGCUGUUGCAUACAAAAUCAAUGCAACCACUAGACGUGCGUAUUUAAAUGCGUAUCGAUCUAAAUUAAAGUUGGUCUCAAGUGUCCUCGCAUUGUGUUGAUUUAGGAUUUGCACAUUUAUUGGUUUAAUAAUUGUCCCAUCAUAAUAGAGCAUGUCAUGUAUAUGCAGGGUUUGUUGUUCAAGUUUAUCGCCACGGCUGUGUGAGUUGGCACAGCACAAUAUGCACAUUUGACUUCUAACGGGAGAAACUCAAAAACUUAGGCAUAUGAAGACAAGGCAUCAUGUUUUAUGGUUUGUUGUUAAGAAAAUGCCAAAUAGCAGUGUUAGAAGUGAAAGAGUUGACAGGUCACUUGGGCGAAAGCUUUAAAUCCAGAGGAUGAUCCUCUCUGGAGUGGCCGGACUGCUGUCAUAGCGGCUUUCACGAGAUUAAGAACCGACUGCUAUUUUCUUUGCCUUGACGCCUACGAUAAAAUCUCAUUUUCAUAUUUUUUAAGCAGCGAAACUUUUUCAAUAGUGGAAUUUAAAUGAAGAAGAAGAACAACAACAACGUUUUUAUGAGGCAAAAAAUAAGGCUUAUGUGAAAGAGAGUAAACUGUGCUUAACAUCAUCAACGAAACUUGUGAGCUCGAGGAAAAAUGACAUCAGGUCUUCAAAGCGCGCCAAACUGAGGAUCAGCUGACAGUUAUAUUCUGUGGCUGCUGCAAAUAUGAGACAUUGCAAGUCUUGUCUUUGAGAAGAGGAUGCUGUCAUUCUGAUGCUGGGAGUAAGGGAGCUGCUACUACUAUUGCUCUGAGAAAUGACAUCGUGACGAGCCUUACAUUUGAAUUCUGCUGCUUCUCGACAUUUUGACGUCGUGACAUCACGAGUAAAAUGCGUCCGCUCUCAGUCUGUUGCUGAUACAAAUAUGACACUGUCACACCGGGAGCCGGCGAGCAGCCGAACCGGAUUCCGCUGCUGAUGCAAAUAUGAUAUUGUGACAUCGGGAGUGUUGUGCCGAAAGCGCGCAAACAGCAGCUGAGAUUCACGUUGCGCUGCCGCCGCUGCUGAUGAUGCUGCGAUUCCCGGUGAAGAAAAUCAGAAAGCAGUUCAAACUUCUGCUGCUGCUGGUGCUGCUUACUUUCGCGGUGUGGUUUACGUACCUGCACAUCAACCAGGGCAAAUCCAUCAAACUCCACUUUAACUACGGAAAAGAUGGCGAGAGGCCGAUGGAGGGAACUGAUACAAGCCAUAAGAGAGACUCGCAAUCCUCGGACAAAUUUCGGAAAAGUGAAGACGCCAGCAACAGCCAGGAAGAAGAAAACGCAGAAGAUGAGCCCAACGCUGGCCCCCCUCAUGAUCAAGCCGGAAUCCUCAGGUCCCUCACGCAGAAGUACAAGAAGUUACCAUGGAAACCAGAGUUCAAAGGUCAAGCAAACCUGCACGUGUUUGAAGACUGGUGUGGCUCCUCAGUCCCUCAGCUCAGGAAGAACCUGCAUUUUCCUCUCUACCCACACACAAGAACUACUGUGAAGAAGUUAGCAGUGGCUCCUAAAUGGAAGAACUACGGUCUGAGAUUAUUUGGAUACAUUCUACCUUACAAAGAUGGCGACUUUCAGUUUGCAGUUUCUUCUGAUGAUAACUCAGAGUUUUGGCUGAGUUCAGAUGAGAAUCCUCUUAACUCACGUCUGAUGGCCUAUGUGGGAAAGCUGGGGACUGAGUGGACUGCACCCGGGGAGUUCACGAAGUUCAGAUCCCAGACGUCCAAGUCUGUGCAUCUCAUGGUGUCCAGACGAUAUUACUUUGAGAUUCUCCACAAGCAAGACGAGAAGGGCUCAGAUCACGUUGAAGUCGGGUGGCGCCCUUUCCUGCCAGGACUCAAAUAUGAGGUCAUCGACUCUGCCUACAUCUCCUUGUACACAGAUGAGAGCAGUUUGAAGAUGAACCACGUGGAUCACAUUCCUCAGACGCUGGCCAGCCACAGUCCCGUCCCGGCAGAGUCUCGCAGCCGCAGCCAACACGGCGCCGAUAUGCUGCAACCAGACCCCCGCGACACGUUCUUCAACAUUCCCAUGAUUGACCCCGCUCGUCUUGAGAACGUGUUGCCCGCCUGUCUGUACUCCCCGACAUACGUGGUCAAAGACUUCCCCAUCGCCCGCUAUCAGGGACUUCAAUUUGUGUAUCUUUCUUUCGUCUAUCCAAACGACUUCACGCGCCUCACCCACAUGGAGAAAGAGAACAAGUGCUUCUAUAGAGAGUCGCCUAUCUAUCUGGAGAAGUUUGGCUUCUAUAAAUACAUGAAGAUGGAUGAGGAAGAGGACGACAGGCCUUUCUUCUUCCCCAAUCCGGAUGAUUUUCUUGAAGAAGAAGAGGGGGUGGACCCAGACGAUGAGGCACAAGUUGUUGGCACCCAGUUGGCUAAGAAUCCUGUCCAUCCCAGCCAAUCAAGUCACACCUUAAGUCCCUCCCAUAAGCCAGUUCCCACAAUACCAGACCCCAAAAACAGGAGAGAGCAAAGGCACUUUUUCACGAGAGGAAGACAGGUGGGUGGGGCACAACCAAAAGAGAUGAAUGAAGAUGCUCCUGACCCUCCAGCUGAGAUAGAGUUGCCACAGGGUGAGAAUGUAGUACGAGGUCGCUCCCUCAACUGGGUUCAAAGAGACCAGCGGGACUUCAAAGAUGGUCGAUCAGAAGACCGUUCACCCAAAAUAAGACGGUCGGCUUUGCUGUUUCCACAAAAGUCCUCAUUGGUGUCUCUCAAUACCCGAGCGAAGCAAAUCCUCAGCAGUCCCGUUCACACUAUUCAUACCCCAGGUAACCAACGAAGCCACACCAACAAGGAACGUAGGAAAGAGGACACUAAGAUCUACAUUACCAGACCUCGUCCUGCUAAAGAGAAGCAAAGUACCGUUUCACGCCAACCCAGAGAGGUCUUCCCUGGGGUUUUCUUGUACCAGAACGGCAAAACCACAAAGCUGGUUAGCCUAAGUGCCAAACCAAAAUUUAGCAAAGGAGCUCUCCGAGCAUCCCAGAUAUUCGCCCGGUCUCCCCUAAAUGAGAACAGAGUUCCUCCCGCAAGUUCCAACUUCAGCAAGACAGCAGAAAAUCCUGCCGUCUCGAACAGAGCCACACCGCUGACCUGCUUUGAUAAAAAGAUCCGAGGUGUCUGGGAAAAACACCAUCGUCCAUCAAGGGUCAUUACAACCCCUCAACCGCCUCUAACCCCCGGCCCGCCGUUCGCUAAUUCCUCCAUGAACGCUCUUCCCACAGAGACUCUUCGUGUCACUUCCUACAUGCACACAUCCGAGAUCACCGAGUCCCAACAGCAGCGUCCGGAGACAGAUCCAGAGGAGGACGGAGGGUUGUCGGAGUACAGCUAUGAGGAUGUAGAGCCGCGCCCAGGGUGGGCGGAAGAGGCCAUAAACUGGCAAAGGACGUUUUCUGUGAACAGCAUGGACUUUGAGACGCUACGCUCAGACUGGAAUGACCUUCGGUGCAACGUGUCAGGAAACCUGCAGCUACCUGAGAGUGAAGUAGUGGAUGUUCUGGCACAGUACAUGGAGAAACUUAAUGAACACAAUGGCGGGAUUUACACACUCCUUCGCAUCAUAAAUGUAGAGAAGCGGCGCGACUCUGCUCGCGGAAACCGUUAUCUGGUUGAGCUGGAGCUGAUGGAGAGAGGCCGUAAGGUGGUACGUCUCUCCGAGUACAUCUACAUGCUGCUGCACCGCGGCCGGGUGGAAGACAGUCUGGAGAAUGUGGAAGGAGUGACUGCAUCAUCUCCCUUGGCCCCAGACGCCAGCCCACCUCCGCCGUCUCGUAUACCCACCCAAGGAGCUCAUGGCACGGCACAGUCGGGCACAGUGUAUGCCAAACCCCUGCUUUGCCAGCCAGUGAUGCUACAGUGGAAAAAGGACGUCAUGGUACAUUUUGUAGUGCCAGUGAAGAAUCAGGCCCGCUGGGUUCAGCAGUUUAUUUCAGACAUGGAGCUGCUGCACCGUGAGACCAAGGACAACAAUUUUAACAUCAUCAUCGUGGACUUUCAGAGUGAAGAUAUGGAUGUUGAACAGGCACUUAGAGAGAGCUCUGUUCCACGAUACGAGUAUCUAAAAAGAGAAGGGAACUUUGAACGUUCUGCGGGGUUACAGAUCGGUGUGGACACCAUAGAGGACAGUCACAGUAUUGUGUUUUUGUGUGACCUACACAUUCACUUUCCACUGAAUAUCCUGGAGAGCAUCAGAAAACACUGUGUUGAGGGUAGACUGGCCUUCGCUCCUAUAGUCAUGAGAUUGGGUUGUGGCAGUUCACCAUAUGAGCCUGAUGGUUACUGGGAGGUAAAUGGAUUUGGGCUGUUUGGUAUUUUUAAGUCAGAUUUUGAUAAGAUUGGUGGAAUGAACACAGAGGAGUUUAAAGACCGCUGGGGGGGAGAAGACUGGGAACUGCUGGACAGAGUGCUACAAAACGGUCUCGAGGUCGAGCGAUUACGACUGAGAAACUUUUUUCACUAUUAUCACUCUAAAAGAGGCAUGUGGAACUCACAGUCCAGCAAAACACCCAAGGGAUAAAGCUGCACUUCAAACAAACUCGCUCUUUGCCAAGAACGGGACCCUUAAACGGUCACACCGCUGACUCCUCUACUGUGAGGUCCAUCUCAUAUAAGAAGACAGGACGAGAUCCGCUUGAUUUAUUGUCUGCGAGCUGCCGUUCAGACUGAAGCAGAUUUAGAGAUGCGCGUCUCUGGAAUUGUAUGUAUUUCACUGUCUGUGAGGUGAGAAUUCUGGAGAAAUGACUGAAAAUGCAUUUAAAAAAAGGUACACUAGCAGCUCAGGCACUUUGGAUGAAGUUAAUAUGGUUUGCACUUGAAGUGGUAUACGCAGAAAUGAUUGUUUAAAGGUUUAGUUGUGCGCUGGUACUUAAACGUCUGCUGUUAUAUUGCUGUAAAUGUCCCUUGCGGUUCAGACGUGACAACUUCUUACAUCUGAAGCGUGGGAUUGAACUGAUAUACGGCGAUUCUCAAAGUCCUGCUGAUCCACAGAUGUACAUAACUGGACCCGAGAACGGCCUGCUGAGCAACGAAAUUAACGUUAUCUGUCUUUGUAUUCGUCUGUGUCUGUUUGCUGUCGAGAGCUGCUUCUUGUCCUCAUCACGAAUGGAUUUUCAAACAGUUUUGGUCUUUAAUGGCUCCUUUCACAGAUGCCGAGGAAAUCCGAUGCUAAGCCAGACGGCAGCAAGACUCUUUUCAGACGGCUGUUUUUAGUCUGACUUUCAGACUGGACUUAACGUAAUCACGACUAUUUGCAGUAUCCAUUUUUACAGACUUUAACUGUAGGAAAAUGAUGUUGUCCCAAAGCUGUGUGCCUUUCUUUGACGUUUUUAACAGGGCAGUCCAUUCGGGGGGAGAAGGUAGACACCAUUGUCAAUAAACAACUUUGUGUCAAACAAAUACUGGAAAACAUUUUGAGUACAAAAUAGUUCGAAAUCGGGCAGCUUGAGUUUUCAUUAUUUGCUUUUAUUGCAUUUGUUCUUAAUUCUCGAGACGAAGUACUUUUGUGAAAACUUAUAGACUAAAACAUGGUAGUACACUGACACGGGCAGCUCAGGUGUUGUUUUUUUCUGCUGUAACAUGCAAACAAGAACAUAUUUAAAUGUGUUUACAAACUGACACGAGAGUUGUCAGCCCAAGUCAUUUUGAAAAGAGUUUUGGUUUGAUAUACAUUCAGACUGCCUAUUUAACAACCCAAGGACAGGGAAUGAAGACAUUUAUACAGGGAUCUGCAUUACAUGGUAAUUUCUGUGAAAUUGUUGUGUAGAAAUUUUCAGAAUGUUGGCAUUAUCUGUAUAUCAUUUUCUUUUACCGUUUUUUUUUUCUGAAAAGAAUAAAAUUUAAAGCUGAAGCAUC